AUAAGAGACUCUUCCUUUCCGGUCGGCGGCAGCCAUCAGGCAGGAUAGGCGUGAGCCAGGAUGGGGGCAUACAAGUACAUUCAGGAGCUGUGGAGGAAGAAGCAGUCGGAUGUCAUGCGGUUCCUGCUGCGCGUGCGCUGCUGGCAGUACCGCCAGCUAUCAGCGCUGCAUCGCGCGCCCCGGCCCACCAGACCCGACAAAGCCCGCAGGCUGGGCCACAAGGCCAAGCAAGGUUAUGUCAUCUACCGUAUCCGAGUUCGCCGUGGUGGCCGGAAGCGUCCAGUUCCCAAGGGUGCAACCUACGGUAAACCCGUGCAUCAUGGCGUCAAUCAGCUGAAGUUUGCCAGGAGCCUUCAGUCUGUAGCAGAAGAACGUGCUGGCCGCCACUGUGGGGCCCUGAGAGUCUUGAACUCAUACUGGGUGGGUGAAGAUUCAACCUACAAAUUCUUUGAGGUUAUUCUUAUUGACCCAUUCCAUAAAGCUAUCAGACGAAACCCCGACACUCAAUGGAUCACCAAGCCAGUGCACAAACACAGAGAGAUGCGGGGGCUUACCUCAGCUGGCCGAAAGAGCCGGGGUCUUGGAAAGGGUCACAAAUUCCACCAUACCAUUGGAGGUUCUCGUCGUGCUGCUUGGAGAAGGCGCAAUACUCUCCAACUACAUCGAUACCGCUAAUUGGUGCACAUUAAUUUGUAAACUUAAGUGUUUAAUAAAUGACAUUUGUGACAAAA